AUGGCAACGUUUGUAACGCUUCUGCUGGCAACGGUGAUGUUGCCGAUGCUACUUCACUCAGUGGGUCCAUACGCAGCGGCUGAAAAGGUUUGGGUCGACCGAGAUAAGGUUUACUGCGAGCAUAUCGAUUGCACUAGCCUCGCAACAUACAAAGGUGAAAAAUUCUGCAGCCCGUGCGAUACGCGACACUAUUGUGAGUGUAUUGAAACGAAGGAAUCCCUGCCAUACAUGUACGCCUGCCCCAAUAUGGCAGAAUGCCAAACCAGUGAUAAACGCGGACCGUGCAAAAAAACGAUGUCGGACAUACUGUGCAAGCGAAUCGAUCAAGCCUACAUAGAGCAAUAA